AAUAACUUGUAGAACGCAAAAUGUUACUUUAACUUUGUUUUAAAAGGGCGCAUUAAUCCAAAAAAAUACUAAUUUCAUCCAUUAAAAACAUGCAUUUGGUGCUUUAAAAUUUGAAUUUAAGUUUAAGUUUUUUGUUGUAGUUAGAAAAACUGUAAAAUAUGGAAAUAAAGGAGGAAGACAAGCAGAAAAUUGCAGGCUAUUUGUCAGACAUGUUCAAGCAGCACUCGUUGGAUCAGAUAUUAUUGGCUUGUGCAGAACAAAAUUGGAACGUGGAAAAUAGCAUUGAUUUACUGAUAAAUAUGGACUCCAAAAGUGAAACAUAUGCGGGGACUGUCAAAAAUUUCAGUAUGUCUCAGACUGCAACGAAAAAUGAUCAGUUACAACAAGGCGCUAUUCCUAAAUACCAACAUAAUCAAAAUGUAAGAUCUUGUGGAAGUAAACACAAUUAUGUUUCUAAUGCUAAUGUAUGCCAUACAAUCAGCGCAUAUGAAACCAAAAUUCUUAACACUAUAAAUUCCGGUGUAAAAGUUAUGGUGUUGAUGCGUGGGGCUCCAGGAAGUGGAAAGUCAACAAUCGCAAAUGCAAUAGUAGAAAGAUCUGUACCACUUGAAGGAAAUUAUAAGUUGGAAGACUUUGUAUUUAGCACAGAUGAUUUCUUUUAUGAUAACAUAGGACAAUAUAAGUGGGUUCCGAACCGUUUAGAAGAUGCACAUGUUUUUAACCAGAAACGUGUAGAGCAAAAAGCAGCAUUAGGGUGGAGCCCAAUUAUUGUAGACAAUACAAAUAUAAAGUUGUGGGAAAUGUUGCCGUACGUUCAAACCGCAGUUCGUCAUGGCUAUAUACUUGAGAUAAUUGAAUCAAGAACACCAUGGUCCAAUUCUGCUGGAAAGCUGGCAAUGAGAAAUGUCCAUGGAGUGCCACGCGAUACUAUUCAAUCUAUGCUUCUCAAAUAUGAAAAAGGAACAGUAAAUGAUUUGUUUAAGAUGCUGAAAACCACGAAAUAUUCCAUGCCGCCUCCACAAAAGCGUACAUUUCCUCCACUUGUAACUGAUAAAAAAGAAAACACAGCAAUUAUUAUUGAUAAACAUACAGUACAUGAAUCUGAUACGAAUUCUAUCGCUGUAACUUCUUCACAAACUACUCCAAAGCCUCAACGUCAAAAUUUAAAAAAAUGUGCUAUUGACCCUGACAACGCAGAACGUACACAAAUUGAAAAUGCGCCUGUAAAUUUACGGGAUACGGUUACCAGUAAUGUUUGGAAUCCGUACGAAAAAGAAGCGAAUAAAUUUUGGGGAAUUGCUACACAAGAUCAAUCAGAUAAAAGUAUACAACAUGCAGACAUAGCACAAGUCAACGAAGCCAUAGUAAGCAUUUUGAAAUUAGAUGAAAAAGAUGAAAGCGAAAAUAAUGAGAGUAAUGAAACUGAUACCAAAGACACUGAAAUCACAACAUUCCAAAGACACAGCAUUAAUUGCCCAAAAGAGGAUUUAUCGUUCGCAUCUUUACGACAAAUAUAUCCAAACAAGCAAGUUUCCAGUUUGUGGGAUCUUUUUACCAAAUGCAACGGAGAUGUUAAUUGGGCAGCCGAAAUUCUUCUUAGAGAAGACGAACUAAGCAAUGAUAUUAAUGGAAGUCCCCCAAGUGAAGCUCAAGUUUCGGAUAGUUAUGAGUGCGAAUGUGUAAGGGGAAAAGUUAACAAAAGCAUGCAUUCCGAUAUAGAUGCAGAUACAAUUCUGAUACAAAAUAAUAUCAAACCACAGCGCCAAAAAAAUAAAAUAGUACGUAACCAACUAACCCAAUACAACUUACAAGAAGUAAAACAAUCCUUAGAAAAUUGUGUUGAAAUCAAAAAUGAAUAUUAUUCAAAAAGUAUGCGCAAAGUUCGAGAUUUGCGUAAUGCAUCUCAUAGUAACAUAAAGUCACAUUUGGAUAUGGGUACACAAACUGAUUUGUUAUAUGAUGAGCAGGAUGAAGCAGAAUCAGAAUUACUAGAAGUUUCACUGGGUGACAAUUUAGUCGAACAACUUAAAACAAUUUUUCGUGACGAUUUUACGCUUGGAGAAACUCUACCGGAAACAGUCAAAAACAAUGUUUUUAUUCCUCGCUCAUUGGCCAAAAACAUAUAUAUGUUAUGGUUGGAGUCAGCUUACAAUCAUGUCGAAGAGCAACGUUUUGAAGUAAUGAAAGAAGAUGAAAAUUUUGCAGCAUUGAUCCAAAAUCCAAAGUACGAACAUGUAAAAGAAUCACCAAAUAAUUUGCGAGAACUACUUGAUAUGGAAAUGGCAUGGACAAUAUAUAAUACUGAAAGUGAGAAACUUAAAACUGAUGUGAUUAAAGUAAAACCUCCUGACCUGGCGACUUAUCUUACUAAAAUCAAACUUUGUGAAACUUUUCCAAACAUUCCACGAGAAACUAUAUUAGAUAUUUUUGCUUCGCAUAAUAAUGAUUAUAGUGAAACAGUUGAAGUGCUUUGCAGUACAAUGGAGACACAAUCCAACCCUCUAACACAUGAUGAAUUAUUGAAGCGCGUAAUCCAUGAGAACGAAUUGCUUGCAGAGAAGGCCGAAGUUCAGAAAUCGAAGCUUAUCGAAGAGCGCGAGGUUGUUGCUUCUGUCAGUGACAAUAACAAUGUAAAUUGUGUUAAAUCGAAGACUUCGCAACAGUUAGAAGAAGCUAAGCGAUCAGCUUUGCGGGAGUUUGAGGAAUGUCGAAAUUUAGCCGCUCAUCAUAGUCAGUUAAAAGCUGAAUGUUACCAAAAGGCAAAAGAAGCAGUACAAAAUAACAAUAAGGGAGUGGCAGUUUACUAUUCAGAAAUAGCAAAUUUACAUAAGAAAAAAAUUGAUAUGUUCAAUCACAUAGCAGCCAAUUGCAUCAUGAAUGUGCACAGAUACACAGUCAAUAAUCCUGAAUUAUUAGAUCUUCAUUAUUUGCAUUUGUUGGAGGCGUUAAGCUGUUUAGAUAUCUUCCUUGAUCAGCACAUUACAUCAUUACGUGAACAAUCACGUUAUUACAAGAACGUUUUUAUCAUUACAGGUCGUGGUCUCCACAGCACUGGAGGAGUAGCCACAAUCAAAAAUAAAGUUAAAAGACGUCUAAAGGAGCGCAAUUUAAGGUGGAGUGAGGUAAACCCAGGUUUGCUAAAAGUAAAACUAUUUUCUGCUUCUCGUCACUCAAAAAAUUAUUGAUAUUUUUAAAUAUUUCUAUAAGAUUGUUUUACUUUCAUCGAAAACAAGGCUUUCUGACGUAAUAUGACGGAUAUUGCACAAUUUGAACUAUUAUUGUGUUUCUAAACAAAAAUUUUAAUAUGUACUUGGUCUACUUUUAUUGAAUGCAGUUCUAUAAGAAUAUAUUUGUGAUGUACGUUAAACAACCGAAAACGAUGAAUUCUGAUUGUGGAAUUUGUUUUAUAAAUCGGGUAAAAUUGAGCUCAACAGUUUUAAACUUUUUAUGUCGUUUUACUCGAAAUCAUGCAUUUUAAUAAAUCUUUUAUAAA